AUGCCUAGCGACACGCGUACAACUCCUCAAACUGCUCAAUCUCCAAACAUUGUUGAUACUAUUGACCCCGAAUUACUGGCACAACUUAAUGCCAGAAGAGACAAUCUUGUAUACGCAUAUGAGCAAAUAGCCCAAGCUUUAAGGUAUGCAGCAAAGGCCUGCGACGAAUUUCAAGCACUUAUUCCAAGAGAUGUAGGAAUCAUCCCUGGUGACAUGAGCGUAUCAAGUCCAUCUAUUGGAAGUCAAAGAAAAUUCAAAAAACCUCAAGUCAAAGAUCCAAAUGCGCCAAAACGACCAAACACUGCUUACAUUCUUUUUAGCAAUGAAAUUCGUGCCGAAACAAAAGCUGCUAAUCCUCAAGCAAAUCAAAAAGAAAUUGUCACACUCAUUGGACAAAAAUGGAAGGCUUUAUCUCGAGAAGACAAAAAGGUGUACGAAGAUCGGUAUUUUGCCGAUAAGGAACGAUAUGACGAAGAACUCCGCGCUUACAGAGCUACACAUGGUCAGGUUGAGUCACCACCUGAAACUUCUUCAAACGAAGACGAACUUAAUGCUUCAGGUGUCGCAUCAUCCUCCAAACAAGCACAAGCUGGUACACCAGGCGCUUUUGUUCCUCAACUGCAUAUGUCUCAAGUUGAUUCUACAGCUUUAGGUGGCCAAGUUUUGCCUAUUUCUGUACCACCAGAAACUGCAUUGCUGGAUACUUUCAUGGGUAACUGUAACUUUCCAACAGAUUCUCCUAAUUAUACACAGAAUGUUGUGGAAACAACUUCUACUGAUACUAAUCCGUUAAAGAAGCGUCGUUCUUCUGAGCCGGAUGUGGAAAUCGAUGAAUCUCAAAAGCAAGACGACGAAGUCCCAGCUUCCAAACGAACGCGUGCAUCAGCAAAGAAAAACCAAACAACAACAGAGCCCGGUCCAGACUCUGUUUUCACUCCGCCUGGUGACCCAGAUGAACCAUUAGAGCAAGAUGAGACCCUGACUGGAACUAAGCGGCAAAGAGCCAAACGAGGUGCGGCAUCCAACGGAUCUACAACGCCAGCUCAAGGGUCAAAAACUGCUACUUCGACUACCCGCCGCAAGCGGGGCGGUAAAUCUUAA